GGAGCGUGGGGUAUGCGCAGCUAACGGUCCCGUCGGGCGGGCUUUCCUCGGGCGGAGCGCGCAGGCGGUGCGCCCCAGCUAUGGAGUGUCCGGGGAGACGGCGGGCAUGACGGCGGCAGGAUGGGCGCGAACAAUGGCAAACAGUACGGCAGUGAGGGCAAAGGCAGCUCAAGCAUCUCAUCCGACGUGAGUUCAAGUACAGAUCACAUGCCGACCCAAGCCCAGAAGAAUGUGGCUACCAGUGAAGACUCCGACCUGAGCAUGCGCACACUGAGCACGCCCAGCCCAGCCCUGAUAUGUCCACCGAACCUGCCCGGAUUUCAGAAUGGAAGGGGCUCGUCCACCUCCUCGUCGUCCAUCACCGGGGAGACGGUGGCCAUGGUCCACUCCCCGCCCCCGACCCGCCUCACCCACCCGCUCAUCCGGCUCGCCUCCAGGCCCCAGAAGGAGCAGGCCAGCAUCGAGCGCCUCCCGGACCAGGCCAUGGUGCAGAUCUUCUCCUUCCUGCCCACCAACCAGCUGUGCCGCUGCGCGCGCGUGUGCCGCCGCUGGUACAACCUGGCCUGGGACCCGCGGCUCUGGAGGACUAUCCGCCUGACGGGCGAGACCAUCAACGUGGACCGCGCCCUCAAGGUGCUGACCCGCAGGCUCUGUCAGGACACGCCCAACGUCUGUCUCAUGCUGGAAACCGUAACUGUCAGUGGCUGCAGGCGGCUCACGGACCGCGGGCUUUACACCAUCGCCCAGUGCUGCCCGGAACUGAGGCGACUGGAGGUCUCGGGCUGUUACAAUAUCUCCAACGAGGCGGUCUUCGACGUGGUGUCCCUGUGCCCCAACCUGGAGCACCUGGAUGUGUCAGGGUGCUCCAAAGUGACCUGCAUCAGCUUGACCCGGGAGGCCUCCAUUAAACUGUCCCCCUUGCAUGGCAAACAGAUCUCCAUCCGCUACUUGGACAUGACGGACUGCUUCGUGCUGGAGGACGAGGGCCUGCACACUAUCGCGGCGCACUGCACGCAGCUCACCCACCUGUACCUGCGCCGCUGCGUGCGCCUCACCGACGAGGGCCUGCGCUACCUGAUGAUCUACUGCGCCUCCAUCAAGGAGCUGAGCGUCAGCGACUGCCGCUCCGUCAGCGACUUCGGCCUGCGCGAGAUCGCCAAGCUGGAGUCGCGCCUGCGGUACCUCAGCAUCGCCCACUGCGGCCGCGUCACCGACGUGGGCCUCCGCUACGUGGCCAAGUACUGCGGCAAGCUGCGCUACCUCAACGCGAGGGGCUGCGAGGGCAUCACGGACCACGGCGUGGAGUACCUGGCCAAGAACUGCGCCAAGCUCAAGUCCCUGGACAUCGGCAAGUGCCCGCUGGUGUCCGACACGGGCCUGGAGUGCCUGGCCCUGAACUGCUUCAACCUCAAGCGGCUCAGCCUCAAGUCCUGCGAGAGCAUCACCGGCCAGGGCCUGCAGAUCGUGGCGGCCAACUGCUUCGACCUGCAGCUGCUCAACGUGCAGGACUGCGAGGUGUCGGUGGAGGCCCUGCGCUUCGUGAAGCGCCACUGCAAGCGCUGCGUCAUUGAGCACAGCAACCCAGCCUUCUUCUGAGCGAGCGCCGCAUGGACCCCCCUUCCCCCCAGCAAACCGGAAGCCGCGACCGCCACUCACUCGUGACAGCUCUUUCUUCCUGGAAGGUUCUUGGGAACCCGGCUCUUCUUUUCUCCCUGUGUCUCGUGGGCCAACGGGGGGCGGGGGAGGGGGAUCAAGGAAAGAAAGGGGGAGCCGGGCUGGGGGAGGGGCGCCAUGUUCAUUUACAGCGCACUGGUCCGUGGUGGGGUCAUCCGAGGUGCGCCUCGGAAAGGUGGCGGCCGUGUGGUUGAAAACGCCCCUCUUUCUCUGCCUCUCUGCCCCCCCCCCGCCACAUCCCAGGCUGCUACGCACACGUCCCAUGCCCCCCACCCCACCCUCGCCAACCGCAACCACAAAAUCAUCAGAAGAGUGACGCUCUCCAGACCUCCUCCCCCUUCAACUGCUUGAUUGGCCUAAGCCCUGCCCAUCCAUCCCACACCCGAGCCAAUUCUCAUUCAAUAAAUGUCAUAGCACCUGGUGUAUACAAAGUG